AUGUCGUCCAAGGUCAAGGCUGGUCAGCUCUGGGGAAAGAACAAGGAUGAGCUCGCCAAGCAGCUCGAGGAGUUGAAGCUCGAGCUUAACCAGCUCCGCGUUCAGAAGAUCUCCUCCGGUGCUUCCACCAAGACUCAGAGAAUCGGCGAGGUUCGCAAGUCGAUCGCUCGCGUUCUCACCGUCAUCAACGCCAACCAGCGCGCUCAGCUGCGUCUGUUCUACAAGAACAAGAAGUACCUUCCUCUCGAUCUCCGCCCCAAGCUCACCCGUGAGAUCCGCCGCCGUCUCACCAAGCACGAGCGCACUCAGACCACCGACAAGCAGCGCAAGCGUGCCAUCCACUUCCCUGCGCGCAAGUACGCCGUUAAGGCUUAA